AUGACGAAGACAAAAGACAAAUUUUGGGAAUAUGCCGAGAAACUGAAUAACCGUUUCAAAUGUAAGUACUGCAAAAGAGAUUUUCCUGGAGGAGUAGCAAGAGUGAAGUCUCAUUUAUCGGGUAUUAAAGGCCGUGACAUUGCUGUUUGUGCACAAGUACCUGAGGAAGUACAAGCAUCUGCUGUUAUUGCAGUUGGGGAGGCCGGUGUUAAUGUUAGUGGGACUAAAAGAGCUAAAUCAUCUACUGGGAGUGUUGGGGAGAGCAGCGUUAGUGUCUGUGAAGAACCAAGAUUGCAACAAACUUCAAUACCUGCAAUGCUCAGCAAAAAGGAUAAAGAUGCGGUGGACAUGAAAGUAGCUCUUUGUUUCUUCUUGAAUAACAUUGCUUUUAAUGUUAUACAGACAACAGGGUUUAUUGAGAUGAUUAAGGCUGUGUCGGAAUAUGGUAUUGGAUAUUCAUUACCUAGUUAUUCUACUCUUCGAACUAAGAUGGUUGUCAAUACUAAAACAGAUGUGGAACGUUAUGUAAAUGAAGUCAAAGAAUAUUGGAGUUUAACUGGAUGCACCAUCAUGUCAGACAUAUGGACAGAUAUGAAAAAACGGUCGUUUAUAAAUGUGAUUGCUUACUCACCAAAAGGGGCAGUAUUCUUAAAAUCAGUUGAAAGAUCCGGAGAAUCGAACACAGGUUUAUUUAUAAGGGAGGUACUUUUACCAGUUAUUGAAGAGAUUGGUGCUGAAAAUGUAGUGCAAAUUGUGACCGACAAUGCUUCAAACUAUGGACUUGCUUGUAACCUGAUCAUGGAAGAGUAUCCCCACAUAAUCAAAUCAAAGUGUGCUGCUCAUGGAGUUCAAUUGCUAUUUGAGGAUAUAUAUGAUUCUGUUGAUUGGUUUAAAGAUAUUUUUCUCAAAGCAAGAAAGAUAUAUGACCAUUUCUAUAGGCAUAUCAUUCUUUUGGACUUAAUGAGAGAGCAUACCAAGAAAGAUUUGAGAAAGUAUUCUAAAACCAGGUUUGCGUCUCACUUUCUUAUGCUUCAAUCUAUUUUAGAUGUUGAAGAUGGUUUGAGAAACUUGGUCGCAUCGGUUGAAUAUAGAAACAUGUUGUACAGCAAAGGAGUUGUUGCUGACAUAGUCAAAGAGCUUAUACAAGGAACACCAUUUUGGGAGGAUGGGAAAGAGCUAAUUUCAGCAAUGGAGCCAUUGGUAAAGGUAUUACAGUUAGUCGAUGGUGAUGGGUCAACUUCAGGCUACAUUUAUGAAGCAACAGAUAGAGCACGAAAGGCAAUUAAAGAACGAUGUGAAGAGGAUCCUGUUAAGUAUAUGCAUAUAUGGGAAUUGUUUGAAUUCAGAGCGAAAUCUAACCUGCUUCAUGAGGUUCAUGCUGCUGCCAUGUAUUUGAACCCUCCUUUCAUGUUUGAUGGAAAGAUUUCAUAUACUAAUGAAGCUGUGCAAGCUGCCUUGUCAUAUAUUUAUGACAAACUGAUUGAUACCACUGAAAGAACCAAGUUUUCGCAAGAGCUUUUACUCUAUAAUAGAAAACAUCCAAAGAUCUUUACAAGCAUCUCAAUAGAUCAAAUCAGUAAUUGUCAUCCAAGGGUGUGGUGGGAAGCAAAUGGAGGCUCUGUUACUAUACUAAGAAAGGUUGCCAUUCGUUUAUUAAGUCAGCCGUGUAGUGCUUCAGCAUGUGAACGUAACUGGAGUGCUUUCGAUGCCGCACAAACAAAAAAGAGAAACAGAUUGGCUCCACAGAUGUUGGAAGAUCUGGUGUACAUAAGGAUGAACUCGUUAAUGCUGAAAAAUUCCGUGAACUUUGAGUUAAAAGAUAGAGACCCAAUUAAUCUUGAAAAUCUCGCAGAGUGGGACACUGAACUUGUUGAUGGCAAUCUGGAUGAAGCUAUUGAUGAAGGUUUUGUAGCCGAUGCUCGAAGUGACCUGAAUGCUGCUUGGAUGGAUAGAAUGUGUAGCGGCAUUGGGACAUCUUCGAGAAUGAAUUAUCGUCAUCAGUGGGGACAGGAUAUCAAGAUGCAGAAAAACGAUUCGUCUAAAUCUCGUGAAAGCAGUUGCAGUAUCGGAAACGAUUCAUCGAUUGAUUAUCUUAUACCGAUUCACAAAUCGAGUGACGCAGAAGAAGAUUACUCUGUAGCAGCAUUAAUGAAUCCCAUGCUAGAUAUCAAGAUGCAGAAAAACGAUUCGUCUAAAUCUCAUGACCGCAGAAGCAGUAAUAAUUCACCGGUAGAUAAUCAUACACCGAUUCGUACAGAGACUGGCGUAGAGUGUUACUAUUCAGCAGGUUUACAAGAUUAUAAUUCAUCAUCAUCAGGUGGCAGUUCAACAUUUAAUUUCCCGGAAACGUCAUCAAUUUCUCCUCCUUCAUCUUCUUCUAAUGUUACGAAUCAAAUUACGACCGAGAAUCAAGUUUACCGUAGUCAGUAA